AUGAAAGGCUUUGUCCGCCGCGCAGCCGCGUGGUGCGCGUGGCGCUGGUGCGGAGCGCGCGGACAGCGCAGACGUCACCGGAGCAGAGCUGCACGAGCCUCACUAGAAACACAACACUGUGGGACUGAGGAGCUUCCGCUUCUGCACUCCAGUGUCUCAAUAAUAUCCAGGAAAGGAACGCUCCAGAGAACCCAAGAUGGUGAUUACCAGCGUGGCACUCAUGAGAAGAUCAUCGGUGGGUGCAGAGAGCAGAUGUCACCACUAAAGCGGAGGGACGCAUACACAAGGAGGUAG